AUGCAGCUCAAGGUAGUUAUAAUAGUAAUGCUUGUUACGCUUGCGGUGAACGUGGAAGCAAACGAGAGGCAAAGAAAAUCUGCAACAUGCGAUGAAACGGACCAACAAAACAUAAUGACGAAAUCUGACGAGUUGAAAACUCUAACCCAAAAUUGCUUUGAUGCAAUCGCACAAGCCAAUUCCGAACCGACAACUCCCACUCCCGAACCGACAACUCCCGAACCGACAACUCCCGAACCGACAACUCCCGAACCGACAACUCCUGCAGUUGCAUGCACUGGAAAUGGUGAAUUUUUGGUUUCUGGACCAACUCACAGCGUCGAAGAUAGUGCGUUGACAGCCUCGAAUUCAUAUGGUGAUGGUUUUGGACCACAAAGGGCGAGACUGGGCACAUUAGGACAAAGUACAAUGAGCGGAGCAUGGGUUCCAUUAACAGUGAAUGGGAAUCAAUGGAUACAAGCAGAUUUGGGAAGUUUGAUGCAAGUGAAUGGUGUUGUUACACAGGGUAGAGCGGAUUAUAACCAGUGGGUAACGUCAUAUAAAGUGUACUACAGCACUGAUGGCAGUUCUUUUGAGCUAAUCGCGAAGGAUGGGAAUCAGAUCUUCGAUGGCAACUCUGAUAGGACAAGCCAAGUCACCAGAUUGUUCGAUCAACCACUGCAAGCACGAUACAUCCGCAUCCAACCUACAGCUUUCUAUGACCGACCCUCUAUGCGAUUUGAUGUCCUCGGUUGCAGUAUCGUUACAUGACUGAAAAGGAGUAUUGAUAUGUUCCGAACAGUUAUAAGUUAACAUCGUGAAAUAAUUCGCACGGGCAAAGUAUAACUAGUCUUUUAUGUAACUUUUAAAUGAAGGAAUACAAUAAUGUGGAAAUAAA